AUGAUUUCAAAUUUCAAUAAUAAUAAACUCAAAAAAGUAUCACCAUCAAUUAAUGGUUCAAUAAAUUCAUCAUCAAAUUAUACAACUCAUUCAUUAGAUCAACAACAAAUUUCAAUAUAUAAUAAUUUACAACAACCAAAAUUUGAAAUAAAUUUAGUUCAAUUACAAUUUAAUUUACAAAAUGACUUGAGAAAGUUAUUUGUUACUAAUAAUUUAAUGUUUUUAUUUACAAAUUCAAUAUUAUUUAAAAUUGAUUUAAAUAAUCCUUCACAAGUGUUGAAAUUUAAUUUACCUUUAAAUUUAAUAGAUUAUUGGAUUAAUUCAACUGGUGAUGAUUUAAUUAUAAAGACAAAUAAUUUAUUAUAUUAUUAUUUAAAUAAAGAUUAUAAACAAUUUAAACCAAUUACUAAAUUUAAAAAUCUUGAUAUUAAUAAUAUUAUAUUCACUUCAACAAAUAAUUUGAUCUUGUCAACCAUUAAUGGAUCAAUUCAUUUAUGUAAAUUAAAACCUCAUAUUGAUGAACUUAAAAAAAAUGAUAUUUUAAAUUUAAAACAAAUUUAUAAAAUUGAACCUCUUGUUCAAGGUAUCUCAAUAUCAAAUACUCAAAUUAAUAUUAUAGCAAAUUUUAAACUAUAUACAUGGACAUUAUUUGAUUUGGAAUAUGAAGAAUUAAUUAAAUUAUUUAAAACCCAACCAUCUAUUAAACCUGUAUCAAAUCAUAAUGAUUCAUAUAUAUUCACCACAAGAAAUGAUAAAUUUUUAUUUGUAUCAAAGGAAUUAAUAACAAAUGAUGAAGAAAUUUUAUUAACUAAAUUAAAUAAUCAAUUAGAAGAUAUUAUACUAACACCACAUCAUUUGAUUGGUUAUACUUUAAAGGGAGAUAUCAAUAUUUAUAAUAAAUUAAAUCAAGAAUUGAAAGUACUUGAAUUUAAUAAUGAAAAAAUCAUGGGUAUAACAUGUGAUAAUAAUACAUAUUGGAUAUAUACAAAUAAUAACAUUUAUGAAAUUUUAAUAUAUAAUGAGAAUAACUCAAUUUGGUAUGAUUACUAUAAAAUGAAUAAAUUUGAAGAAGCAUUAGCUAAUUUAGAAGAUAAUGAAGAAAAUUUUUUUAAAAGAGAUUUAGUAUUUAUAAAACAAGGGUAUGAUUAUUUAACUCGUGGAGGAUUUGGAAUUGAAACUACAAAUAAAGAUCUUUUGGUUUUACAAGAAAAAGGUAUUAAAUUAUUAGCAAAAUCAACAGAACCUUUUGAAAAAGUUUAUCUUAUGUUAAAUAGAUCAAAUUCAACAAGAUUAUUAAUUGAUUAUUUAUUAACAAAAUUUCAAAUAAAUAAAAAAAAUAAAGUUAGAAGUAUUAUAUUAUCAACUUUAAUUAUUGAUUUAAUGAAUAGAAUAAAUGAUGAAAGAUUUUAUGAUUUCACUAAAAAAUAUUAUAAAAUUUUUGAUACUAAAUCAAUUUUUGAAAUUUUAAAUAAUGAUGAAAAAGCUUUAUUUUUUGCUGAAUUAAUUGAAGACUUCAAAUUUAUCUUGAGUUAUCAUAUACAAAAUAAAAAUUGGUCAUCUGCAACAAAAUCAUUAAUUAAAUUAUAUUUAAAUAAUGAAUUUGAUAUAAUUUAUCAAACUGCAACUAAAUUUUUAAUAAAUUAUUCUAAAAUUAUUGAAACUUGGAUUAAAUUUGAUAAUUUAGAUUUUGAUAAAUUUUUACCAUCAAUAUUAAUAUACACUAAAAAGAAUCAAAAUAUUUCAAUAAAUCAAAAUAUAGCUAUUAAAUUUUUACAAAAAAUUCAUGAUAAAGGAUUAUCAACUAAAAAUCUUAAUAAUUAUUAUUUAUCAUUAUUAAUAACUUAUCCAACAACACAAGAAAUUGAUACAAUAAAUCAUUUAAUUAUAAAAUUAAUAAAUAAUGAAAAAUCAUAUGAUCAAAAUUUUAUAUUAAGAUUAUGUAUAUUAAAUAAAAAAUUACAUCCUUCAAUAUUAAUAUUUAUAGAUAUGGGAUUAUUUGAACAAGCUUUGGAUUAUGCAUUAGAAAAUAAUUCUAUUGAAAUGGGAGAAUUGGUAUUAAAUAAACAUGAAGAAAUAAUUGAAGAAAAUAAAGAAAAUCAAGAAGAAGAUCAUUAUAAUAAAUUAGAAAAAGAAAGUUUUAAUAUUCGAAAAAAAUUAUGGUUAAAAUAUUCAAAUUAUUUAAUUAAAAAUAUAUGUAAUGGUAAUCAAAUAGGUAUAAAACAUUUAGAUAAUUCCCAAAAUAAAUUAAAUUCAUCAUUAAAUUAUAUCUUAACAAAUUCACCAUUAAGUUUAAAAGAUUUACUACCAAUUUUUCCAGAAUCAACAAUGAUUAAUAAUUUUAAAGAUGAAAUUAUAAAUUCUUUAAAUGAUUAUAAACAAAAUUUACAAGAUAUAAAUUUAAAAAUUCAAGAAAAUUAUUCCCUUUUAACAAAUUUAAAAUUAGAAGUUUCAAAAGAAAAUUUCCAAGAUUUCAAUACUCAUAUACAAAUACCCCCUGGUUCUUCUUGUGAAUUAUGUAAAAAAUUAUUAAUCACCAAGAACCUAAUUUUUUUCAAAAAUUGUAAUCAUGGAUUUCAUAAAGAUUGUUUAAUAAGAUAUUAUUUUAAAUCAAAAGGAAAUUAUAACUUUAAGAAAGUUUAUCAAAAUUUUUUGAAAAUUCAAAAAAAUUCCAAAACUAGCGAAGUUUCAGAAGAUUCAACUCAAGUACAACAACAACAACAACAACUACAAGCCGAUCUUAAAAAGGAAAUUGAUCAAAUAUUAUCAACUAAUUGUCCAUUAUGUAAUGAAUCUAAUAUUAAUAAUAUCGAUGUUGGAUUUUUAGAAGAUUAUAAAUUUAAUUCUGAAGAAAUGAAAUCUUGGAGUUUAUAA